AUGACAGUCUCCUCGAAGCCUCAUAUCCAGCGGAUUCCUCACAAUGCUGGCGCUGACAAAAUCCUCAAGGCUUUUCAAGAAGAUGGCGUUGUUGUCAUUGAAGGCUUCUUAAGCCCUGAGCAGGUCCAAAAGCUUAAUAGCGAGAUUGACCCUUAUCUCGCCCGGCUUCGAGACCCGGAAUGCGCUGUGGACCCUUCCUUCAAUUACUCUCUCGCCAAGUUGUUGCCCAGCCAACAGAAGCGUGUCCAUAGCUUGACCGCAAAAAGCCCAACCUUUCGCUAUGAGAUCCUCAACCAUGAAUUGAUGCACGAACUGGCAAGCGCGGUUUUUGAGCCGGUGGGAGACUAUUGGGCUGUUUCCGGUGCGGUUAUGGACAAUGCACCCGGCACGCCGGCGCAGCCAUGGCACCAUGAUCAGGUCACCUCUCCUCUGUUCAAUAAUGCGCGUGAUGCACCAGAGACCUUCAUCAAUUUUUUCACGGCCAUGACCGAUUUUACCGAAGAAAGUGGAGCAACUGAGUUCAUUUGGCAUAGCCACAAAGGAGAAGGCAUCAUGGAGCCAGACGAAGACCACCCUGUGGUGACAGCAGUUAUCAAGGCGGGAGACUCAGUCCUGCUGAACGGAAAAGUCGUGCAUCGAGGAGGAGCCAAUGACUCUGAUGAUUUCACUCGUCGGGCUUUUACUCUCGUCUUGCAACCGAGCGUUUUCACCCCCUACGAGUCCAACCUUCACCUUUCUCGUCAACUUGUGGAGAGCAUGACGCCUCUGGCCCAGAAGAUGAUCGGCUGGCGAACUGUGAAACCCGCCGCGCCCUACAUCAUUGGCAUGUGGACUGUUGAUAUGGAUGAUGUCAGCAAUGUCAUGGGGUUGAAAUCCAAUCAACCUUUGCAAAUUAAGUAA